UCUUCUUGGUGCUGCAGCGUCUUGGCAUCUGGCCUGUAUGGCUCCAGCGGGUGCUGCGGGGGCGGCGCUGCCUUCAGGGCGCAGAGGUCGUAGACCAGGGUUUCCCGGCAGACAGGGCACUGCACGCCGACGUCCUGUUUGGGAGAAGGUGCCAGGUGCUGCUCUCUCUCUUCCUGCUGCAUAAGGAUCUCCUCCUCCAUGUGCUGGGCAUAUCGGGCCAGGCAGUGGGAGUGGAAGUAGUGGUAGCACUGGGUCUUUGUGAAGGCUUCCCUCUCCUGGAAUCCAUAGAGGCAAAUCACGCACUGGCCGUGAGGAAUGUUGUUGUCAGUGAGAAUCUCCUUCCCCUUCUCAAUCAGCUCAUACAGCACCUCCGUCCCCAGCCUGGCUUCAGCAACGCUUCUGAGGGUCUGCAAAAUCUUCUGGAUUUGCUCAUCCGACAGCCCCCGCGGGUUCCUGAUGGCGAUGUCCGGAGCCGCGUUGGGAUACUGGGGGGGCACGGCGAGCAGCAGGGUGCAGCGGACGAACUGCGAGUCCUGGUCCUGCGCCGUGGCGGGGUGCAGGGUGAUGCUCACCUCCCAGGGCUCCGACCUGCCGCGGCCCCGCCGCACCCGCAGCUCCUCCAGGUAGAUGGACUCCAGCACCUCCACCUCGGCCGGCAGCGCCCACUCCGCCGCCUCCGCCUCCUCGCCGGCCGCCGCCAUCUUCUGGGCGGCCCGGAACGGGAAGCGCCGGGCGCCGGUUGCUGGGCGACGGCGCCGGGCCUGAUCCUGCUGCCGGUGCCGGUGCCGGUGCCGGUGCAGGCCCCCGCCAUGGAGGGGUACCGCGUCCUGGAGGCGGUCGGGGAAGGCUCCUUCGGGAGGGUGUACAAGGGGCGGCGGCGGCACAGCGCCCAGGUGGUGGCCCUGAAGUUCAUCCCCAAGGUGGGGCGCUCCGAGAAGGAGCUGAAGAACCUGCAGCGGGAAAUCGAGAUCAUGAGAGGCCUUCGCCACCCCAACAUCAUCCAGAUGCUCGACAGCUUCGAGACCGACAAAGAGGUGGUGGUGGUGACUGACUACGCAGAGGGGGAGCUCUUCCAGAUCCUGGAGGACGACGGGAGUUUGCCCGAGGACCAGGUCCAGACCAUAGCUGCCCAGCUGGUCUCUGCUCUCUACUACCUGCACUCCCACCGCAUCCUGCACCGCGACAUGAAACCCCAGAACAUCCUGCUGGGCAAAGACGGCGUCAUCAAGCUCUGUGACUUUGGGUUUGCCCGUGCCAUGAGUAUCCACACCAUGGUGCUGACCUCCAUCAAGGGCACCCCGCUGUACAUGUCCCCUGAGCUGGUGGAGGAGAAGCCGUAUGACCACACGGCGGACCUCUGGUCUGUGGGCUGCAUCCUGUACGAGCUGUUCGUGGGCACCCCUCCCUUCUACACCAGCAGCAUCUUCCAGCUCGUCAGCCUCAUUGUCAAGGACCCUGUCAAAUGGCCCAAGGCCAUAAGCCCAGUCUUCAAGAGCUUCCUGCAGGGGCUGCUGAUGAAGGACCCCCGCCAGCGCCUGUCGUGGCCGGAGCUGCUCUCCCACCCCUUCAUUGCUGGCCGGGUUACUGUGAUUGACGACACAGAAGAGCAUGGGAUCUCAAACCCCUUCACCACCAAGCUGUCUCCAGAGCUGCAGGCCCUGAAGGAGCAGCAAGCUCAUUCCCUGGCCCCCAGGAGCGGCCAGUCCAGGAUCCUGAGGAAGGCCCGGCAGAAGAUGGCUGAGGAGGCACAGAAAAAGGGGCAGCUAAAGGCAAAUACUGCAUGUACGAAGGAUUCUGGCAAAGGACACACUGGGCACAAACCCAGAGCAGCUCCUGGGAAGGCAGCCCUAGGGGAGGGGCACCCACCAGCUGCCUCCAAAGAGAAGAACUCCGGUGUCCUGCAAGGAAAGAGCAGCGUGGCACAGUGGCAGCUGGAGGAGCCUCCUCCCAACCCAUGGGAGCACAGCAUCACUCAAGAUUACGAGCGGGAGUUUCGCGGGGCAGGAGUCCCUCUGCACUCUGGUGCUGGCAGGGCAGAGCCCCACGGCAGGCGCAGCAUUGAGGCCGUGGACCUGGAGAGCGAGGAGCUGGAGAGCGAUGAGGAGUGGCAGCACCUGAUCGAGGCCACAGAGCCCUCGGCCAUGCAGCUGAGCACGCCACUGAGUCUCCUGAGGGACCCAGCCUUCCGGCACCGCGUCCGGGCCCGCCUUGCAGACUCUGCUCAGCAGGUGCUAGAAGGGGUGCUAGAGGGAGCCUCCCACCUCCGCCCUGUGCUCCGUGUUGUGGGCAACCUCCUGGCUACCCGCUGCGACUCUGAGCUGCUGGAGCAGUUCUGCCUGGAGCUGAACGUGCCGCUGUCCCUGUUGCAUCUGACCAAGCAGAUCCUGGAAAGUGGACGCACAAAGCAGCAGCCCUGGUGUAGCACGGUGCUGACAGACCUCGUCAUGGUGACCACAGUUUAUUUCAGCAGUGAGUGCAGCCUGGAGGAGAGUGGGCAGAAGGACAGCCUGCAGGCCUUCCAGGAGAGUGCCAAGCACUUCCUAGCCCUGCUGCCGGAUCUGCUGGCUGAGCCAGCCGACAGCGAGAUGAGACUCUGCCAGCAAAGCCUCCUGUGCUUCACCCUGCUCUGUGAGAGCCUGGAUGCGACGUGCCCCUCUGUCUCUGCUCCUUUCUACGCCAGCCUGCGAGAGGAGCAUCAGCCCCUGCUGGACAGACUUCUCCAGGGAUCCAUCUCAGAGCAGCACGCUUUGCAAGGUGCCGCGAUGGAGGCCAAGUCAGCCCAUGCCCAGAGCCAACGCGUGGCAGACCUUUAUACAGCCGCGUUGGCUGCUGCCUGCAGCAUCCCCCUGGCGAGGAACAGCUGUCGGGAAGCCAAGAAGCAGGUUGCUCAAAGGGUAGCUGAAAAGCUUAUGGAUGGAGAGAACCGACAGCUUGGGAGACUGCUGGGAAGGCUUCAGCACCCAGGCUGCUCCUUGAACGCCCUCAAGAUCCUCUACGCCGCCUGCCAUGCCAGCCCGAGCCUGUGCCAGCACCUGGGGAGGAGCCAGCAAGUGUGGGGUUCCCUCGUGCAGCUCUCAAAGGGCAAGGUCCCCAUGGCAGAGGUCGCCCAGGGGGUGGCCUGUGAGGCUUCCCUGUACCUGCUGGCCCUGCUCACCCUGCAGCCCCAGGCCUCCCCUCCCAGGCUUGAGGAGGUGGCUUCCCUGGCCGUGGAUCUCCUCACCCAGUCUCCUGUCGUCUCCCGCGUGGGUGCUGCAGCAUUCCUCCUGACGCAGCUCAGUCAGCACGGGGUGGACACGGUGCUUAGGGGCGAAGAGGUCCUACCAGCGGUGACAAACGCCCUGACGGCGCCGGCUGAGCUGCAGCUCCCCCCGCCAAUGGGUGCCGGUCUCUACGAUGGGCUCAUUUUCCUCCUGCUGAAGCUGCUCGCCCAGGAGGAUACGGCCGUGGAGCAGGGCUUCGCUGCCUCAGAGCUGUGGAGCGUGGUGUGGCAUGGUGUGGCUGCGGUGCUUCGCGUGGGCAGCGACGGGGCAGCGCUGGAGGGAGAUGCCCCGGGGGCAGAGCACCCCACGGCAGAGCCAGACUGGAACCUCCUGUCCCCUCAAGGCACGCUGCUCUUCCUCAGCCUGGCCCUCGUCGUCUUCACUCGCGAGUCCCACCGGUGCCUGCCUCAGCUUACCCAGUCCCACGGUGUCCUCGUGGUGACGCUGAGGAGGCUGCUGUCCCCUGGCUUCCUGGCAUGCCUGGCACAGACGCAAGCAGGAGAGGAUGGGGACACGGAACUCGUCCCGGCCGUGGUGAUCCAGGCCUGCCAGCUCCUCUGUUUCCCUUUCGCCCUGGAUGUGGACGGAGACACCUUAGCCUUGGUCACGGCAGCAGUGAGAGACUCCCAGCUCCCCGCCCAGCUGCUGCAGGUCUGCUGUCACCAUCUGCCCCUCUCAGACGCUGAGCUCCCCGUCAGCCUCUUGUGCCACCUCGUUGUGUCCGACGAGCGGGUCAUAGCUCAAAUAGUACGGCAGGCUGCUGCCUCGGAGCGCGUCCUUGCCUUCUUGACUGCCGUCCUGUUCUCAGACAGCCUCCCGCUCCUAACUGACCUCCUGUCUCUCUUGACUCACGUGGCCCGCGUCUCCCCGGAGCACCUGCCCUUUCUCCAGAGGAUCCUGGGGGGCUCGGACACGUCCCACCAGCCGCUGCCCCGCUUGCUUGCCCACCGGGAGCACCCCGUACGGGCCAAAACCUGCAACCUGCUGGGCAACCUGCUCCGACACGGCCACGGCUUUCCUCAGGCGCUGCAGAGCCAGCCUGGCUUGCUGGAGGGCCUGCUGGCGUGCCUGGCAGACCGCGACGAGAACGUGCGCAGGGCGGCCAGCUUCGCGGUGGGCAACGCCGCGUACCACCCGUCCUCCCCGGCCCGCACCCUGCGCGGGGCCGUGCCCGGGCUGACGCGGCUGCUGCGCGACCCGCACGCCAAGACGCGCCGCAACGCCGCCUCGGCCCUGGGCAACCUGUGCCGGCGCUCGGCGGAGCUGGGGGACCUGCUGGUGGAGAGCGAGACCCCCCGCGUCCUGCUGGAGGUGGCCUGCCGGGACCCCCAGGCCGGCGUGCGGGAGGGAGCCCUGGUGGCGCUGCGGGCUGCCAGCCGGCACCCGGGGGUACAUCAGGCGCUGCUGUCUCUGGGGGCCGGCGAGAAGCUGGCCGCGCUGGCCAGCAACGACCCGCAGCCCGCGGCUGGUGGCAGCCCCCGUCCUUCUUCUGCCCGGCACUGCCAGAAGCUCGUCCGCCUCCUCGCGCCCUUGCACAGCACCUGAGGACGCGGUGGCACCCCGGAGGGCGCCGGGAGGAGGGCUGCGGCCUGCGGCACCCCGACGGCAGCGGCAGGACGGCGGCAGGAACGCUUCUUCCUCCGGCCCUGACCCUCGGUGAAACCUCGCCUGCCCCGAGGGGGCCCUGCCCAGCUCCCUGGCUGUCCCCAGACCCCUCGCCGGGGCUCAGCGCUCGGGGCUGGCUGGGGACGCGCUGUGCCACGGUGACACGGCUUGCGGUGCCCCGCCGCGCGUCGCCCGCCGUGGGACGGUUGUCCUCGGUGGGACGGUGCCAGCGUGGCGCUGCGUGGCGGCCUCGCACCCGGGGCUCUCCGCACCCCGUGUGACUGGGGGGGGGCUCCUCCCACGCGGGGCUUUUUUUUUUUUUAUUUUAGGGAAAAAAGCGCCUGUAAACACCCCCCCCCCCCCCCCUCCGGCCCUACAAACACCGCUCCCACCGCAGGGCCCUGCCCCUGCUGCCCCCCUCCGGCCCUCCCCGCCGCCAGGGGGCGCUGCGGGGGACGGGGGGGGGGAGAGGCCGCGCGGGGCAUGCCGGGAGUUGUAGUCCGCCGGCCCGCCUCCCGCCGGGGCCUACCGGGAGGCGCAGUCACGUGGCGGCGCGGUACCGCCCCGGGUCGCCAUGGUAACGGCGGGCGGUUGGGCGGCGGCGCGGCCCGGCCCGGGGGGGCCAGCCGAAAUGCUGCCGUAGAUGACCGUCUCGCUCUCGCCCCGCGUGCUAUGGCUGUACAUGGCCUCUGCAGGACCGCAACGCCGUAACCUGGGCCCCAAACAGAAGAGCUUCGGCCCCCCCAGCGGGCACCCCCCC